GACUGUCGAGUAGUGUCGUCGGUGACAUUGCAAUUUCGUGAAUGAUUUUCACCGUUCCAUUUCAUUUGACAGUCCAACCAUGGAUAAGAUAUUACUUGGUAUCUCAGCGUCUGCUCACCAAGAGGGUGUUAAGAAAGCCCUCUUCUUGAAGAUGAUGUCAACAGCCUCCAAACCUUUGAGCAAGGAAGAAGUAACGACCAUCCUUCAGCUUUCAUCAUGUUGGGUCAUCGGUGAGGAGGAGUUCCUACAGGAUAUGGGACUGCAGAUAUUUCAGGCCUGGGCGAAGUAUAAUCCAACAACAUAUGAAGAUUUCUUUUGUCAUCACUUCCUGAUUUCAUCGUUUGGAGAAUCAGUCAGCAACCCUCUGAUGUUGAUCCGCUUCAUCAGUGACUGCUUGAAGACCCUUCAUCUCAAGCAUGAUACAGCCGUUAAGAUUGUGAGGACAGGAGUCAUCAGUCUCUGUCGAAGGUUCCCGGACAUUGCCAUCCAGGGGGAGAUCUGUAGACUCCUACGAGCCAACCAGGACUGCAUCCCGGAGAACGCUUUUGCGGCCACUCUUUGCCAGACCUUGAUUACCAAUACUAGCAUCCUGGAGAUUCCUGUGGGUGAUGCUGAGCUGAAGACGUGUAUGGAAGCGGUUGGGAACGUUGGACAUCUCCUGCGGUUGGUCUGGUCCACGCUGCCAACCACCAUCAUCCCUUCCCUCCAGCACGUCUUCAACAUCAUCUCCACCUUCUCCGUCGAGGAGUCGCAGAACCCCUCCUUGGCCUUGGGCGCCCUGGUCCAGCACAUCCAUAUGAACGUAGUCGAGGCAGUCACAAAGAGCGCUGUCUCCGACAUCUCCAUAACGGAUGAGAGAAUGACGGUGGCGCUUCAGAGGAUGAUUGACUGGUUGUCCUGGCCGAGCAUUAUCAACAUUGAUAAGUGGAUAAUCACUUUUCUGACAAAUCUUGCCUCUGUCAACAAAUUCACCAUUCUCAUCAAAGUCACAUUGCUGACCGUUGAAACAAUGCUAUCCCGACUCUUUUUCCCGAUCGUCAGAGACUGUGCCUUUCAUGUGUUUUCUCAUAUGCUCCUGAGCUUUCAACACUCACCCGAUGCCUUUCACAAGAUCCUAGGUCAGAUACCAGAGCUAAUGCAGAGACUACGUGAUGAGGACACUCCUGCCAGUCAUAGCUUCCUGUCUAAAGUGGCUGACCUAGUGUAUUGUCUGAUGUACCACCAUGCAGGCUAUCCAGAGCUCUAUGAUCCUCUCCUAGAGGCCCUUAAGGACUUCCCCCGCCCCAGCGAGACCAGUAUGAUGUCCAAGCUGAAACAGAGCGCUUGGACAUCACAGAAGGGUGGUCUGGGAGCAGAGUUCUCUUCAAAGUUUGAGCCUCGCUCUGAGACGGGCAAGACAGGCUUGGUCAACCUGGGAAAUACCUGCUACAUGAACAGUGUCAUACAGGCUUUAUACAUGUCAUCAAACUUCUGCGAUGAUAUAAUCAACUACCCACUCUUCAACAGACAGAGCAUCAUGUACAGCAUACAACUCUGCUUUGCAUUCUUGACCCAUACUCAGAGAGCAGCAUACGCCCCACGGGAGUUCCUGAGAGCAUCGCGGCCCCCCUGGUUUGCUCCUGGUUCUCAGCAGGACUGCUCAGAGUUCCUCAAGUACCUGUUAGACCGGCUGGACGAGGAGGAGAAAGGAUGGAGGAAGAUGAUGAAGAAUGCAGCAGCAUCCAUCUCAUCGUCGCUGUCAUCACCCUCCUCCUCGUCAUCCUCAUCACCGGGACCAGUAACGCAGGACCAGGAUUGCACAGACAGAAAUGAAGUAAAGAUGGAAACGGGUGCCGUAGGGAGCUCCGGUGAGGAAUCAUCAUCAGCCAGCUCCCCAUCAUCCACUGGGAGUCUUCUUGCUCCUCUCUCCUUAUCAGGGUCCAAUAUGCCAGUCUGUCAUCCAACCGAUGAGUUGUAUCUUCCAACAGCAUCAGAUACAGCAUGCUGCAGUGGCAGCAGCAUGGCCAUGGAGUCUAGUCAGUCCUACGGUCAGGCUAAAUCGUGGUCCUCACCAAAGUUGAAGAAAGAAGAUGCAGUCCAAUCUCGGGAGAGCAUCGUAGAAAGACACUUUGGUGGGCAGUCUGCGACGCACAUCCGAUGCUUAAACUGUGGUACAGUGUCAAGUCGGAAGGAAACUUUUUUCGAUCUGCCACUUGGAUUUCCUGGUACAGAAGGAAGGGAUAAUUUACUUGGAGGACGUUGUGAUACCCCGGCUGAAGAAAGGCAGUCGGAGAAGUCGGACUAUGCUGCUAUGGAGUUAGCACAGGAUACUCGGAGUGUGGUAGGUGCAAGUGCGAUAGCUGAUGCUAUGGGACCUCACAGCAGUAGCAGGUCAACAAGUGAAGCUCAGGGUGUGGCUGGUUCAAACUCCGAAGCCACCAAGACUCACCUUGAAGAUCUCCUGAGACAUUACUUCAGUCCAGAGCUUCUGGUCAAGGACAACAGGUAUCAUUGUGACAAGUGCCAGAGCUUGCAGGAUGCAGAGAAGUCUCUGGAGAUCAUCAACGCACCAGAGAUUCUGAUCAUUACCCUUCUGCGCUUCUCCUACGACGUCAAACUGCAGAGACGAUGUAAGAUCAUGGAGGAUGUUCGCUACCCAAGGAUCCUUCAUCUUGAUGUGAACCCUUGUGAUGGUGACUGUAGCGUGGAUGGUAACCAUGGUAACCAUGGUGGACCGUGCACAAAGAGGACUCGACAGAACAGUGUCGGUACCGCACACUGCUCCACGGAGAGGGACUGUGACAGGACUGUUCAGUACGUCCUCAGUACAGUCAUAGUCCACUCAGGAAUGUCAUCAGAGAGCGGUCACUACUACUGUUAUGCGUCCGACGAUGUAGAUGAUAUCCAGAGGCAUCUCAUGCGACAGAAAAAGAGUAAUAGGAACAAUGGAGAAGGCUCUGAUCUCAAAACUAAUGAAACAAUCGAUGAGGAGCAUCUACCUAAUAAAUGGUAUCUGUUUAAUGACAGUCGUGUGACUUCAUCCAAAUUUGAAUCCUUUGGGAAGGUCACACAGCGUUUCCCAAGAGACACAGCUUAUGUUCUGUUUUAUAGGAAGUGCGAUGAAGACUAUGGAAGUGGUGACUCGAUUGAUUCAGUGGUACAGAGAGCCAUGCCCUCGUCAUCAUCGUCAUCGUCGUCGUACUCGGCUUCCAUCUUGAAGGAGAAACAUUUGCGGAAAGAUCUUCAGGACGCAAUCCAAAAGGACAAUUUGCAUUAUAUUCAGGAAAGAGAGAUUGAAGCGCGUGAGGCCGCUUUGAGGAAACGGCACCCAUCCUCGGCAGCUAAGCCGUUCUACUCCAGAAACUUUGACGACAAGAAUGACCCACCAGGAGGGUGUGGUCUAGGCGGGGGAGGUGGUGGAGGGGGGCCAAGCCUCUCCUCCAAUAGGCUCGUCUUCUAAGGCACCGUUCAAAUAUGACGCAGCAAAACCGCUGCAUUUUUUUCUCAACAAUGAUCUUAAGUACUUCACAUUUCUGUAUCUUGUAACACAGAGCUCAGUGAAUAUGCACAGGUCUGGACAUAUGUUGAAGUUGCCAUUCGUUUGCAUGUAAAGAAACUGAGGCAUUUUUUGUGGCGGUUUAGCGCGUCAUAUCUGAACAACCCUAAAGGAGUAUCUUUCAUUGUAAUCAAAGCUGUUUUUUAUCUUUCUUUGAUAUGUACUUAUUGUCAGUCAUAUACGGGUUAAUCUAUAAAGGCCUAUAUUUGAGCUAUUUAUUCAGCUAAGCUUACUUGUGGGAGCACUUUUUGCUUGCAAGAAUAACUGUGGUAACCUAAUAUAUUUAUUGAUAGGACAAUAUUUUGAAAAAUGAACUGGUCACCUUUUUAAUGACUAGUCCCAUGUAUGCACAUUCCUGUUUGUAAUGUCAGGACAUAGAAUUUUCUGCUGGGACUUUGUAUUGGGUAAAUUUAAAAAGUAAUUGUUGAUACAUGGAUAUGAUAUCACUAACAAAUCCAAGCAUAUUAUAGACAGUUUCUCUGCCGAUAAAAUAGAGGUAGGGCAUAUAGACAUGUAUGUAAAGAGCUUUUAAUAGAAACUCGUCUGCUGAGAGUCAGAUGUGACACUGCAAAGCUGCAGCGUUUUGUUCAUCGAUGGCUCCAUAUAGAUAUAUCGACUGCUGUGAGAGGCUUGGCUGUUUUACAGGCUCAAGGGGAUGCAACGUCCCCGGGAGCCAACAGCCAGGCCUUGAAUAUUAAAGCAGUCUAUAUGUCUUUUAUAUAUCGAAUUGACACAAAAAUCUACCAAGAAUUCUUACCUUAUCCUUGAGUAAAGAUUGGUUAAAAAAUCACGGAAAAUCUAAGACACCAUCUGUUAUUCUUCACUGGAAAGAUGACUGAAUGUUACAAUCAUUUGGGAAUCGCAGACAAAAGGCACGGUAUGGUAUCCGCGCUCGCACAAACUAAGUUUUACAACGUAAACCAAUAGGGAUCGCAGCAAAAUGUUACUAUUUUCUUGCAGGAAUCUCACUCAUGAACUAUUAACCGGUACAGGCAUUGUUUGUUUCUUUACGGGAAUAGCUAAAAUCACGACUCCAAUUUCGACCAAUCAGAUGGCUAGAUUUCUAAAGAGAGGUAUAUAAAGUGUAAUAUGCUUCACGUUUCUGUAUCUUUCUGUAACAUAGAGCACAGUGAAUACGAGCAGGACCUUCGCAGGUGCCAUUCGUUGACAUGUGAAAAAAACUGCAGCUGCAUUUUUGUGUUGGUUUAAAUGUACCAUGUUAUAUCUGAAGAAGCCCCUAGUGUGAAAAAGGACAAUUUAAACUUAGGUUUUAUCUUUUCUGCUGCAUCAAACCAACAUUGGACAAUGGAUUAUGCUGGUAAAUCCAUGAUCUAAGCAAGCAAUCGCGUGUAAUGGUAUGUUACUUUUGUUAUACUUUUCUCUUGAUCAGACUUUAUACCGUAUCAAAAGGAAUCAUUGCGUAUGACCUGCAUUUCUUAUUUAGAAUUUGUAAAAAUUGAUAUUUGGUCAUCUUUUAACAAGGAAAUUCUCAUUUGUUGAGCCUUUAUUUAUUGUGUCAUCUCUAUAACACAGCCUAUUCAUUUCGACUUAUAGAAAGCCAAAUAAUUCACGUCUUCUCCUCUCUCCUCCCUUUUUUCUCAGCCCAGCAUAAUUUUGGUGUUAUUUGAUAGUUUAUUUUUACUGUUACAGUAUGUAGCAGAUUAAUUUAUAAAAUGAUUUUGUAUUUAAUCAAACGUGAUUUGAAUUGAGUUGAUCUGAAUAUAAUUGAGUUUAAGCAAAUUGACAAAUGAUGUAUUACGUGUGUGAGGACGGAUGGGAAAGUGCAAUCAAUUACAGGCUAAUGCAACAUUAAACACUAUUAGGUCACUUCAAGUGAGGUUAAUGGAAGAAGUUUGUUACUGCGCUGUGUUAAAAAAAAGUAAUUUUGUGUUGGCAUUUCAAGGUUUAUCGUAAAAUUAUGCCUUUUUGCAAAAUGGAUCAAUGGUACGAGAUGGUGUAUUAAAGUGAUUUUCCUAUUCAUUUUAUUUUGAAUUGUAAAGACCCUGUCAGAUGUGACAAAUUGAAUUAAAUAGAUGAAUUAUAUAUCAACGGGAAGCUUAUAAGGAGUAGAUUAGGAUAAUGUAAAUUAUAUGCCAUUUUAGUAUCUGUCAGAGGCCUAGCAGUUCUCUAAAAACUCGUAAUCUAAAGCUUUGAAAAUUGUAAGUUGUUGACCUAAAAGCUAGCUUUCAACUUGAUAACAUCUUUUUGUGUGGAAUAUGCUUAUUAACAGAUACUUUGCAUUAAUCAAGCAUGGCUCAGCUAUAUAGGCUAGCCGAUUGGGUCCACAUGUUAUGACGUCAACGUAACUGCAGCAAUUUUACCUCGGUUGACCUGUAAUUCGGAGGGAUGCGGAAAAUGAGGUUUUCAUUUGCUUUGGAAGGGGAAUUUUGUAUUCCUUUAUAUUGGUAUUCUACAUUCAUUUAGCUUUGCAUUGAUAUAAAGUUGUAUUUCCAUCUGAUAGGGUCUUUAAAAAGCUGAUCUUUGUUUUAUUAUUUUCAUCAAAUUGGCAAUGCCAUGUCAUCAAUCACUAUCGUAUUUUCUAUUUCAUGUAUAUGACAAGGUUCAUUCACAUAAGAAGAGGUAAACUGCAACAUUUUUUUAAAAAUUUGUAAAUAAAUGAUAACUGUACACGCCAGAGGCAUCUAUACUGAGCUCUGUUAUAAGGUACAUAACUGUGAAGCAUAUUACAAAUACGUCAUUAUGAGGAAAAAGAAGUUCCACAGUUAACCGUGUCCUACCUGAACAAAGUUCUAGUUUGGCAGAAAAUGUGGAUUUGAGCUAGGAUAUUACUCAUAUGUUUUGUAAAAAGAAAGCAGUAUAUACCCAAUUUUUGUCACUAUCAUAUUUAUAAUAUUAUUUGUGAAAACAAAUUCAAUUUCAACUCCUUGCAAAGCUGAGAUUGUCUGUUUAGUUUAUCAGAGCUGCCAACCAUUCCGUUUUUGCCGGAAUUACUCC